GGGGUGGUCACUUCCGCCGGGGCGUGCGCACUGAAUCCGGGUCAGCUGCUGCCGCCGGGACUGCAGCUGCGACCGGCCGGGAAGCGCUGGGCCCCGUCUCCACCGCCGACCAAGGGCAGCGGGCUCUGCCCGCCGCCGUUUUCUGCGACCUGGCCGUCAGCCCCACGUCGCCGGCCUGGAGGGGCAAAGAGGACGAGGGGGCCGCGGCUUCCUCCGGGGACCUCGGCUGCCUGGAUUGCCAGGAGCUGGAAGUUGACAUUGAAUCCAGGCUGAGGAUGGAAGGUGUGGAGCUGAAAGAAGAAUGGCAAGAUGAAGAUUUUCCAAGACCUUUACCAGAAGACGACAGCAUUGAAGCAGACACACUAGAUGUGACUGGUCCAGACAGCCAGCCUGGCUCAUUAGAAAUUAAUGGAAAUAAAGUGCGUAAGAAACUAAUGGCCCCAGACAUCAGCCUGACCCUGGAUCCUAGUGAAGGCUCUGUGUGGUCGGAUGAUUUGGACGAAGGCGGGGAGGUUGACCUGGAAGGCUUAGACACCCCAUCAGAGAACAGUGAUGAAUUUGAGUGGGAAGAUGAUCUUCCCAAACCCAAAACUACUGAAGUCAUUAGGAAAGGCUCAAUUACUGAAUACACAGCCACAGAGGAAAAAGAAGAUGGACGCCGCUGGCGCAUGUUCAGAAUCGGAGAACAGGACCACAGAGUGGAUAUGAAGGCAAUCGAACCCUACAAAAAGGUUAUUAGCCAUGGAGGCUAUUAUGGGGAUGGUUUAAAUGCCAUUGUUGUAUUUGCUGUCUGUUUUAUGCCUGAAAGUGGUCAGCCUAACUAUAGAUAUCUGAUGGACAAUCUCUUUAAAUAUGUUAUUGGCACUUUAGAGCUGUUGGUAGCAGAGAACUACAUGAUCAUUUACUUAAACGGUGCGACAACCCGAAGGAAAAUGCCCAGUCUGGGGUGGCUGAGGAGAUGCUACCAGCAGAUUGACAGACGAUUACGGAAAAACCUGAAGUCUCUAAUCAUUGUCCACCCCUCUUGGUUUAUCCGAACACUUCUGGCUGUUACAAGACCGUUUAUCAGUUCAAAGUUCAGUCAGAAAAUUAGAUACGUCUUUAAUUUGGCAGAACUGGCAGAGCUCGUCCCCAUGGAGUAUGUCGGCAUCCCAGAGUGCAUCAAACAGUAUGAAGAAGAAAAGUUUAAAAAGAGACAAAAAAGAAUUGAUCAAGAGCUUAAUGGCAAACAGGAACCACCCAGCAGUGAGCAGCAGGCCAGCGUCCUGUCCGGAUGAGACUAAGAGCGCCAGGGACGUGGGGCUCUUGUGCUCAGUGUGCAUUCGUGGCUCGAGUUUUUACAUCAUCUGUUACAAAGUGUACUUGACUCCUUUCCAAAUGGACUCUUGUCCAAGGGACUGUUCACUGCUGUAAUGGUUGGCAAUUCUUGAAUUUAGCUCUUUAAUGACUAAUUAUAUUGUAAUCAUUUUAUAUUGCUAAAUAGCAAAGAACUACACUUUAUAUAAAGCAAUUUUUGCAUUUGUUUAUUUGAAUGAUGCAUCUUCAGUAAAAUAUUUAUAUA